CGACGGGAUAGAAAGAGAAAGUCUCCCCUUCUUCUUCGUCCCGUCAUCGCUUCCUAAUUUAUCUGCCCACCAAUCUUUCUUCCCCGAUGUCUUACGCAGGAACUCCAACCGGCGGACGCGCCGCCGCCGCCGCCGCAGCAGCCCGACCUUUUUCAAGCCUCCGUACCAAAGGCUUUCUUCUGCUACCAAUGCAAUCGCACGGUCACCAUAUCGGUUUCCCCGACCUCCGAUCCCCUCUGCCCUUCCUGCUACGAAGGUUUUUUUGGAGGAGGCUGAAAACCCUAACCCCGGUCCAAAUCUCUCUGCCGCCGCCGACCCCCUUCGGUGAUUCCUUCUUCCCUCCAAUGGGCCCCUUCUCCCUCCUCCCUCUACUUUUCUCCUCCUCGUCCUCCACCUCCGCCUCCCACGGUGGCUCCACCGCGACCUUUGAAUUCCAAAACCCUAACAUCUUCGGCGCCCUCCGAUCAAGCCGAAUUCAACCCCUAUGACUUCCUCCGCAACUACCUCAACAACCUCCACAACGACGGCGCCAGAAUCCAGUUCUUCAUGGACAACAACCCACCCUCUACCAACCUCGGCGAUUACUUCAUCGGCCCAGGCCUCAAGCAACUGAUCCAACAGCUGGCAGAGAACGACCCCAACCGCUACAGAACCCUCAUGCCUCGAAAUUGGCCAUCGACGCCCUCCCUACCAUCAAGAUCACCGACGAGGCCUUGAAUUCCGAGAUGAAUCAAUGUGCUGUCUGCAAGGAUGAGUUCGAGACCGAGGCCGAGGCUAAACGGAUGCCUUGUAAGCAUCUAUAUCAUCCUGAUUGCAUUGUCCCCUGGCUCAAAUUGCACAAUUCAUGACCUGUUUGCUGCCACGAGUUGCCCACUGAUGAUGCCGAGUACGAGAACAGGAGGCGCAACGGUGACCAAGGGGGCAACAACCAAAGCCCCGAUGCCGGAGGUCAGAUAGAGAGAAGGUUUAUCAUUCAAUUGUCAUGGUCGUUUGGCAGGCAGGGUGGUUCCAGCAGCGAUGGGGGAGCUGGUGGCGACCAAAAUUGUGCCUGAAUUUGCAAUUGGGUUAUUUGAUGCAUGGUCUUUAUCAUUCUUUGUGCCAUUGUUUAUGGUGUCUGUGUUCUUGUUAUAUAAUUUUCCUUUCUGUGUCUUGAGAUUAACCAUGCUGCCUAGUGAUUCCUUUGUAUACUUCGAAUGUUUGAAUGAAGGGAUUUUUAUUUGUUCAGCUGAAUUUAGUUAUUCUUUGUUAAUGAGGAGCCUGGAAUAUGAUCUGAAGAAAGGGUUUUCAGCUUUAAAGUUGAGGGUACAAUAUGCUUAACGUAUGUUAGUCUUUGAGAGGUAGUUCCUUGUACUGAAAGGUUCUGUAGAGUUUCCAUACUAAGUUGCAAACGAACUUUACGGCCAACUUUUGUGGUUGGUAUCUCUCUUAGGUAUUAUUGAGGUGCCUCAAUUUUGUUUUCCUAAGCCUAGAUUGGCCCUUUAUGUAUGUUUCUCGAUUCCUUUUUUCUAAAGGAAUAUUCAGAAUCUGUUGGUUGAGUAAGGUGAGCAAAGUGAAACUUUUGGGGGGACAUCGCCUGAUAAAUUUCUAAGCAUUUUUCCGUAUAGAUAGUUUCAUUGGCAUUCUUUGGGGAGUCAUGGUGUAGCUCAGGUAGGUUGUAUGUGUUAUUCGGAGUGCUUAUGUGAUUAGGUUUUGUUAUGUGCUUUCAUAAGUUAUCUUCCCUAGACUAGAUCUUAGGAUCAGUAGUGGCUAUUUGUUUUUGAAAUUCCACGGUUGAGUAAAUCCAUCUUGCACUUAUGCUCCCGUCUUCUUAGAUUCCGAAUUGGAACUCCAUUCCAUUCAACUGUGCCUUUGACUGAGCAUUAGACAAUUCUGUAUGGUAGUGGUGAGAUGAAUUUUUUUGGUCUCUUCAGAUUGCAUAUUGUGCGAGUCGUGGAAGCCAGAUAUGCAUAUCCCUUGGAGAAUGAAUCUGGUCUUUCUUG